AUGCCUCGUAUACCGUUCUCGCUAAUAUUAAAAGCUCAACGGGAGAGCCAAUUACUCUCUCUACUUCUCAAAGAAUGUCGUACCAUCGAUUCCGCCCGUAAUGAGCUUCGCUGGCUACGCGAACGGGCAAUUCGCGAUAGCUGGUCGCUUUCAAGAUCGAAGACCAGAUGGAAGUCUCGAUUAAGAUCUAUGUGUCAAUUGCGAUCAAAAGGAUAUCCACUGCAGUAUAUACUGGGCGAUCAGCCCUUUGGUGAUUUGGAAAUCCUCUGCAAAAAGGGCGUGUUGAUCCCCAGGCCAGAGACUGAAUCAUAUACAUACCAAGCAGCCAAAUUAGUCCGUCAGAUGGCCCUGGAUUCAAUCGACAAGCCCAGAUCUGGCAGUCACGCCAGACCCCUGCGCAUAAUUGACCUUUGCACAGGGACAGGGUGCAUCCCACUUCUGCUACACGCAUUACUUGCACCUCAUUUCCAGACAAUGUCAAUUACGGGGAUAGAUAUCAGCCCCAUAGCAUUGAAUCUGGCGCAGACCAACCUCAAGCACAACCUGCAGUUGGGCAAAUUGACAUCGCGCGCAUCGACGGAUAUCCAAUUCCACCGUGGCAAUGUCCUUGGCUCCAGCAGUGAUGAUCCAAUACCCUCGAUUGAUUCACUCUUCUUACCAUAUAACCUGAAAUCAAGUUCCUCACCCGCAGACCAAACUGCGGAUUGUGAUCUGUUGAUAUCCAACCCACCUUACAUAUCCCAACAUGAAUUCGGUAACGGGACCACUGCACGCAGUGUACGACUAUUUGAGCCCAAAAUGGCACUUGUUCCUCCUUCGUCGGUUACCGAAGGAGCUGGUAGACCCGAGGAUAUCUUCUACCAUCGUAUUCUUGCCUUGGCAUUUAAGCUGAGGGCAAAGAUUACCGUCUUCGAGUGUGGAGAUCUUGACCAAGCCAAGCGGGUUAUUGCGCUUCAUGAAACACUUGCAUCUAGGGAGUCGGGUCAAUACAGGGCAGAGGUCUGGCCAAGUAGUGAGGGUGACUUGGCCGAGAAUGGGUUUCAUGCGACUGAUGGGUCUCGAGGUGUGAUUAUUCAACGAUUGUCCUAG